AUGGAUGACGCCGUGGGGGCUAUCAAGACCAAAUCUCGAGUGACAAGCCGUUCGGAGGCGACACAUCUACUUGUCAUUCUUUAUGGCGAGGCGAAGACUCGGAGUCGUGGUCGAGAAGGACUCGUGUACUUGAAAAUUGCAAGUGUCCAACAAGUAGGGGUCUUGUCGAGUUUGCACAAAAUUCCGUUUCAGUUCCAUUUCAAUCAUUUCAGGCCGUCGGGACCGCUCAUUCGACUGAGCUGUUGGCGUCGAGUGUUUGGGUCAACACCAUCAACAGUUUGCACCUGUGCACAUCAUCCCUCCCUCUCCUAUUUUUGGUCCUAUCAUAGAUCGUCUCGCCUGAAAUAUUCAAAUGAGACGUUCUGCACGAAAUGACUUCAUUUUGAGACUAUAUAAAGCGUCUGGAACAUUUCUGUUCACUUUUUUUGGCAGUUUAUAGUAACAAAGAAACAUUUGAUAAUAAGUUUUGUCCGAAAAAAACCUUUUUAAAAGUUGUGCACUUCUGUUUCAAACUUUCCUUCUUGGAUAGAACGCUCCUAAAAUUCUGACUAUCUGGAAAUUCUGCUCAUUUUCUCGAAGUGAAACCGUCUUUUUUCUAAAAUUUUCGGAAAAAAUUCUCAUGAGUCUUCACUGCAGUUUUUUGAUCCUUAAAAAAGUCUUUCUAAAUUUCUACAAGCCCAAAAAAUGCCAAUAGCCUACCUUGUACCCAAGACCUUCGAAUUUUCGACCCUUACUAUUGAAGAUAAAGAUCCCUUGGCUUCAGUUUUUGAUAGACAGACCAUAUGACCUCAAUCACAAUCCCCAUUCUACUUCUUCAUUUGCAUAUUUGAAUUUCUGAAUAAAAAUCUUGGUAAGGGAAAAAAAAACUUUUUAGGCUCAAAUGCACAUCAUUUUUGUGAGCUUUUUGACCUUUCUGCCUCUGGCGUCAGGACGAUUCUUCGACAUGUGCCCUUCUCGGAGACAAUCCAUAGGAGGUAAUUAUCUUAGCACUUGUUUUUCUGCAACGUCACCCCAGUUGUUUCAGCCUGUUUGGCUGGUUUGUGUCCAGCGGGUUCAGAGUGUAUCAAUGGAUAUUGUUGUAAGUCCCUAGAGAGAAUUAUUGCUUUCAUGACUUCAAAAUAAGGUGCAGGCAAGGGCAAGAAAGCUGAGAAACUGGAGAAAGUGGAAGUCGAAGUGGAGAACUUGGAGUUCGGAGGUUGCACCAACGGAAGGAAGGCUAUUGGAGAAUGUAUCGCCGACACUUGCCCCGUCGGAUACAAUUGCGUUGACGGUCUUUGCUGUGGUUUGCUUUUUUAUACUUCAUGCGAAUGAGGCUUCUGGUGAAAGAAAUAGUUCAAGCUUUGACGUUCAAUUGUUAUUUCUUUUUCUUUGCGAAAACGCUCUUUUUUAUCGCUCUUCAGAUUUUUUCGUCUAGAUCAUAAUUGGCCUAGCACCUUAAUGAAAUAAAUUUCGCUUAACUCUUACCUUCUCUUGAGUUUUGCAGUCAUUCUGUUUGAAACAGAACUUUUUCCAUUUCACUAAAUUAUACGCGAGCGCAGAACAUCAACGGUUCCUAGAAAAAGUGGGAACGGAGAAUAAACUCCUACGCUUUUUUUCACUCUAAUUGUAAAUUCAUCACACUAAAAUUAAUAUCACCAUCACUUUCAUCACGGCUCUCACAGACCCGGAUACUAUGGUACCCGCCAGCACAUCCUCAACACCAACCACUGUGCUUCACACAACUCAACAUGGUGCAUCCAAGAAUAAAGAUAUGAACGAAAAACCGGAGACGAUUUAAGGCCAAGGAAAUUAUCAGCAAAUGAAGACUUCUCCAGCCGUUUCGGUAUCUCCAUCAACGGAAACCAGUGAAGAAGAGGAGACUACUACGGAAGAACAUACCACCACGACCACUACAACAAUUCCUACUACCAUAACUACAGUAUGUUUCAGAGCAAUGAAAAAACGAACAAUAUUAGGAUAAAAUAAUUAAGCUCUAAAACUUUAAAGCACAGAAAAUUGUAAAAUAAUCGAAUUUUAGAAUUUUUUUUUUCCAUGGAUAAUUUAACUCAGUUCAUUCUCAAGGUGAUUACAAAUUUAUUCAUUUCAUUCAAAAUGAAGUCACGUCCUUUUUUAUUUAUUUCCGUCAAAACUUCCCAAUCAUUUCAAACUUACACUAUUACAAAAAGAUCACGUUUUCACUUAGGAGGAAGAGCUGGAGGAGGAAGAAGAAGAAGAAGAAGAAGAAGAGAUAACUACAACGACGGAACCAGUGACUACCACGACUGAACAAGCUACGACGGCUACCAAGAAAGCCAGCCGCCGCUUCAAGUCUGCUGUCUCUUCAAAAAUUUCUUUCAAGGGUUCACUUUCAGAAGCAGAAAAACAACAAAACCAACUCUUGAAAUGACCACUUCGACAACUCCUAUGACUACAACCACAACUCAUGAAGAGGAAUAUCUUACUCAUGAAAAAUGCCCGAUUGGAGAGCCUAUUGGAGGUGCGUAACUUUUCUCUCAUUUUGGUCAGCUUGAAGGUUUCAGAAUGCAUAAGUAACCGUUGUCCAGAAGGACACUCCUGUCUGGACGGCUUCUGUUGUGAGUUUUGCGUCGAAAAGAGUAAACCUUCCGAAAUAUUUUUUCAGGCAUUUUGACGCCACAAAUCAAUUGUACGGACGAGUUGGUAGGCUGCAGAGCUCAUCUUUGUGAUCGGAAAGGGUACAAGCAGUUCAUGACGAACAACUGCGCCAAAACUUGCGCUCGAUGUCAUUUGGUUAACAUUGUGAGUUUAGUUGGAGUCAGAAAAAUGUGGUCGGUGAAGUGUUGCCGCAAAACCAGCGCCUUAAAAUCCAAACACUCAAACCGUAGUAGCCCAGCUUGAAAAAAUCAGAAUUCAGGUUCAUCUCCACAAAUAAUUUUCUGAAGUUUGGAGUAUGACGACUUUUUUUCUCAUUGAAAAGCUGAGAACGAGUUUACUUAUUUUCCACCGAACAGUUUUUAUUCAACCCUUAUCUGAUCGAAACGAUUUCUAUAGACCAUCAAUGAGCUGAAAGAUUGCCGAGAUCGACGAAGUGACUGUGAAGAAUGGGCGGCUGAAGGAUUCUGCGAAAGCACCUUGUACACCACUCGACAGAAAAUCAAGUUUUGCGGGAAAAGUUGUAAACUUUGUUAA